AUGAGUAAUCCUGACGAAAUCAGAAACAAGAGAUUGGCACGGCUUGCGCAGUUAUCUGCCAACUCACCUUCCUCAGGGCCUUCGGCCUCUCCGAAACAACCAAAAUUGGAUCCUCAGCAACAACAGGCGCCUGAUAAGGUAUUGAAACCGUCACCACUGGAAUCAUCGGAAAAAUUGGCUCCUACCACCGGAAAAGCCGAUUUGAAAGCCGCAGAGCUGACCCAAGCAUCCUCUCAUACAGUUUCCCCAGAAAUCGCCAUGGACAAGUGGUUGAGAAGUGAGGUGCUCAGUUUGUUUGGCGUUGGAUUUGGUGGUGAUGCCAACAAUUUCAUGUCAUUGGGCAUGUCGGAGGUCUUAGAUCCCACAUGUGCUGACGCGAUUUUCGUGGAAAUCCUCACAGAACUAGGCACACCUAACGCCCAGUUGCCUUAUUUGUACUUGUUCGAGGUGUACAACAAGGCGUUUGCGCUGCGCAGAACUCUUCUGAAAAAGUCAGCUGACUACGAGACGAAACUCGGGUUUUUGACUGCUGUCUCUUCAUACUGUGCCGCGUAUGGCCUCAUCUGUUUCCAAGUGCCUGAGAUGAUUCUCGGCAACAAUUUGCCCGACACUGUCUCUGCUCUUAUUUCAAGGCAAGACUUGCACACGCUUUUGGCGGAUAUAAUAGUCAAAGCGGUCGAAGAAGAUGCGGUGUUGGACGUCACAAACGCCAUUUUCCCGCAGUUGGCUGAGCGCCUUCACCUCAUCAACAUAGACAAUCCCGAGUACACGAAAUACCUCACGCUCUGGGAGACAUUAGUAUCUAUGAAACCCGUAUGUGCCAGCUUCUCACAGAUCGACUCGUUCAGCCCAGCAGAUGCCACUAGUGGCUUGCAUUUCGAGAACAGGACCUUGCUUGGCUCCUUGUUAAAGUUGUCUCCUCUACACCCGAAAGUGUGCACCUCGUACUUUUUGAGUGGUGCUUUACCCACCCAGGAAAUCGAGCUCAGCAAUGCAAAAUUGGCCCCACUCUUCUCGACCAUCCAAAAUGAGUAUAAAGCCUUGGCUGAGCGUUUAUGGUUCAUCAUGGACAAGCUCAUUCGAGGCUCGCCCCAGACGAGACAGGCAAUCAUGAAGUGGUUUGCUGAUUUGGCGAAUAUCUCACACUUGAGAACCGGAUCUUAUUCAGACCCCAAGAAGUUGGCCGGUGACGGCUUCAUGUUCAACAUAUCCUACAUGUUGGUCCGAUUGAGUUUACCUUUUCUUAAUUUCCCUACGUACUCGAAGCUUGACAAAAUCGACCCUUACUUUUUCGGAGGCAAGAAUAAAUUAUUGGACGUCAAAGAAGAGCCCAGGGUAUAUGCCUCAUCUACGGAAGCCGAAGAGUUUUAUAAGGAUGUCAUGGACGAGGAAUCCAAUUUCAUUUCAGACUGCUUUUACCUCACACUAACCUAUCUUCAGUACGGCAUCGGUGGCGUGAUUUCUAACUACAACAAAAUGAAAGGCCAACAGCGCUCGUACAGACAACAGAGAGAAGUCCAAAGCAGACGCUUAGGAACCGAGAAUCGGUUGAUUGCGGGAAUCACUAUCUUUCUCAACAAUAUCAAGUGUUCCAGAUGGGUUAUUGAGGCGUUUUUUUUGAAUAGAGGACUCAAUUUGGAAAUUUUUGAUUUUGUGGUUGGCUCGGCACAGUUCUUUUUGAGAACCAUCGACCCCGAGAACAAGCAUCCCUCACCUAAGAUCUCCAUCCCAACUUUUCAAGUCGAAAAGACGAGCCAACUUGACGACAAUGAGUUUUUGAAAAGCCAAUCGCCAGUUCCGUGGAAGUUCAUGCCAGAGUCUUGUUUGGAAGGCAUAAUAAGCUAUUGCGACUUCGUUUCUCGGUUUCAUAUGAACCCCUUGACGAAGAACGACGAAAAGCUCUCGAUUGUUGCGGAGUUUUUUGUAGCCUUGUUGCGCUGUCCUGAGUUGAUUGGAAACCCACACUUAAAAGGAUCGAUUGUCGAAAUCAUAUUCUACGGUACCAUUCGCUCUCAAUUUGGUGAACCGGGGUACUUGUCGAAUCUUUUUUAUAACAACACAGUUGUGAAGGACAAUAUCCUAUACUCACUUUUGGACAUCUACGUUAUAAUUGAGAAGACAGGCGCCUCUUCUCAGUUCUACGACAAAUUUAACAGCAGAUUCUACAUUUCCAAGAUCAUCGAAGAGCUUUGGGAGGAUUCGUUCUACAAAAAGCAAUUGAGCGACUACGCCAAGAACAAAGUUGAGUUUUUCAUUCGUUUCAUAGCACGGAUGUUGAACGACACGACAUACUUAUUUGACGAGGCCUUCAAUGAGUUGAACAAUAUUCACAAAUUUCAGGUCGAGAUGGAGAAACGAGAGUCUGGUGGCGAAAGUAACGAGGAGGUAUUUGGGACCACAGAAGAACUUGAGAAAGAGUUGCAGUCCGCAGAAAAGAAAGCCAAGUCUUAUAUGGGACUCGCAAACCAGACUAUGAUGCUUUUCAAGUUAUUCACGGAGCAGGUACCUGAAGGGUUCACAAUACCCGAGCUUGUUGACCGUUUGGCAGGCAUGUUGGAUUACAAUUUGAGCUUGAUGGUGGGCCCCAAGUGUUCCAACCUUAAAGUGAAGUCGCCUGAGAACUACGAAUUUGAUCCGAAGAAGAUUCUUGCCGAUAUUUGCCAAAUUUAUUGCAAUUUGAGUAGACAAGCUGAAUUUGUACAGGCAGUGGCCAAGGACGGGAGAUCGUUUGACUUUCAGUUAUUUGGCAGAGCGAGGGAUAUUUUGUUGAAGAGGACAGGGACCACACAAGAGAAAAUCGACCGGUUCUAUGCCUUUGGCGCAGCUGCUGAGAAAGAGAGACUCUUGAUCGAGAGACAAGAAGAGGAAAUGGGCGAGAUUCCUGAUGAGUUCCUUGACCCGCUCAUGUAUACGCUCAUGGAAGACCCAGUGAUUCUUCCAGGCUCGAGGAUUACCAUGGACCGAUCGACGAUCAAGGCGCAUUUGCUCAGUGACCCAACGGACCCGUUCAACAGGAUGCCGUUGACGCUAGAGGAUGUGAUAGACGACGUGGAAAUGAGGCAGAAGAUUCACGAUUUCAAGCUCGGGAAAAGGAAUGCGUGA